AUGCUUGCCCCUAAAUUCCUUUCCCUUACCACCUUCGUGGUCGUCGCGAUGCACUUUGCACGCUUCGCGACGGCGCACGAACAGCCGAACCCUGCGGACAGUAUCCCCGGGAACCCCUUUGUCCAGGCACUGCUGGGCGGUGCCGGGUCGGGAGCAAAUCCUAUGAAGGGCGUCUCGAGUACCACCACUUCGGACAAUCUCUUGUCCCCACUGCUGCAGGGCUUCAAGGUCAAGACACCCAAGCAAGACAAAUCCAUGUACAUCAACCACGAGCCUGUGCCUCGCUGGGGCGCAUCGGCUGCAUAUAUGGCCGGCAGCAACACUGUUGUGUUUUCAGGAGGACAGACUGGCGAGCACUCGCAGCUCACAAACGAGACCCUUUUGUUGGACAUGUCUGGCCUGCGCGACCUCGGCAAGACGAUGGCCGCAGAGACAACCACGCCGUGGCUCCGUGUGCAGACGGCGAGAAACUCGAGCGCACUGCCGCCGCUUGCGUACGCAGCAUCGGCCGUGUCGACAAGGAUGUGCGGGAGCGGCUCGCGCGAUACAUUCUGGCUCGUUGGCGGCAAGACAGAACACUGUGACACCGACACGCCUCUUGUCUGGACAUUUGGUGUGGAGCAAGACACCCAAGGUCUGCACGGCACAUGGAAGGCUGUCCACACCAAGGGGGGCAACAAGAUAGCGCGUCGUGUACACGCAACGGCCGUGCUUCCCAAGCGCGGUCUUGGCGAGCGCCGCGAUCAGUCCAUGUUUGUUAUGGGCGGCGAGGACUGGAAUGCCAUGUGCACAAAAAACAAGCCGGCAAAUGAAACAUUGUCCGGUACGCUGGACGUGUACGCCAUGCCCGUGCCGUUCGGGCCGCAGUGCGCCGGCACCUUGCCGCGCUCCAAGCUGCGCGUCAAGGCAGACACGGACGAGCUGAAGCUCAGCGAGCGCCUCGAUGGCAUGCCGCUAGUUGACUACGCGUCUGUCUCGCUUCCUGAAGUCCAGACAAACAACACAGAGCACCCGUACCGCGAGCCAGUCAUGUUCCUUGGCGGCCGUGUAAAGAACGGUACGCUUGCUUCUUUCCAACGUCCUUGGGUGAUGGACACGUCUACCGGCGAGUGGGAGCAGUGGACCACUACCGGCGAAAUCCCGCCGGCGCGCGUUGGCCACUCUGCUGUACACACGUCCGACGGCCGCAUACUUGUCUAUGGCGGCUAUGUACAACACAGCGCAAAGGGCGUGUCGGAGACGCCCACCCAUGACUUGUAUGAGCUCAAUCCGCACGUUACCCCUGCUCGCUGGCACAAGAUCGUGUACGAAAGCACGCCGGAAAACCACCCCAUCCCUACCGAGGCAACCAAGCGCGCUUACCACUCGGCCGUCAUGGUCGACGACCUGAUGGUUGUUGCUUUUGGACAGCAAUUUAAGAGCACGGGAUACGGAUACCAGAAGCGUGGCGGUGCGAACUUGGACGCCAAUGCGCGUCAGGUGCUUUUCCUGGACACCACCAAGACCGCGAUGCAAUGGCGCUGGACAGAUAACCUGGGCGCGAUUGUGUCGGGCCGUGUCGCUGCAAGCUUUUUGGGCGAGCAUGGGGACAAUACCGGGAUGCCGACCAACUCUGACGCUGCGCCGGGGCCUGGGUCGAUGGUUUCUGAUGCUGGCUAUGCGCACAGCCAUGGCAAGCACGGCAACAGCCACGGCCACGGCCACGGCAAGGCAAGCGGCCACGGCAAAGGUUCCACAAAGACGAGCCAAACUGACAGCGCCAAGGCUGCUGCAAACGGCUCGUCGCACGCUGACAAUACGUACCCCGACAUGUUUCCGAUUGCGCAUAAUGGCAAGGCUAUACAGACGAACGCGCACCCUAACGAUGACCCAUACGGUGCAGGCAAAGGGCCGCUGAAGAACGGCGGCACACCUCCACACCACGACUCAUCGCCUGAUGCCGACGGCGGAUGGUCGCCUACAAGCUCUUUCCCCAAGCCAAAGCCGUCAAGUGCUGCACCGAGCCCCGGUGCUGACGGAGGGAAAGGUGCAGGCGGAGGGAAAAACGCAGAUGCGGGCGCAGAUGCGGGCGCAGAUGCGGGCGCAGAUGCGGGUGCAAACGCGGAUGCAAACGCAGGCCCAGAUGCAGGCCCAGGCGCAAGCACAAACGCGAGCACUGGCGCAGGCGCGGGCGCGGGUACAGACACUGGCGCAGACACGGGCGCAGACACGGGCGCAAACACGGGCGCAAACACGGGCGCAGACACGGGCACAGAUGCUGGCACAGAUGCUGGCACAGAUGCUGGACAGCGUCCAGGCGAGGGUGCUGACCAGGGUGCAGGCACAGAUGCAAGCAACGCGAACGGUGCGGGCGACGCUGGCAAGGCCGGACAAAGCGACAGCAAGGCCGGCCAGGACACACACCAGGACCAGAAAACCAGCAACGACCAAAAGCGCAGUGGCGCAAUUGCAGGUGGUGUCAUUGGCGGCGCCGCGCUCGCCGUAGGUGCCGUCAUCGGCGGCCUGUACGCAUACCGGAAGCGCCGCGAGUCACAGCACAUUGCCCAGCUGCGCUCCAACGGUGUGAUGCCUUAUGGCCGCAACGACGACCCCGAAGGCGGAGCGCCGCCCGUCUCGUCGCUCUGGCUUCAGCAGCCCAAGCAGCCGAUGCAGGAAACGGAUGUAUAUGGCCGCCAAACAAACUUGUCUGGCUACUCGACACAGAACCAAGCAGGCACGUCGCUGCACGACUCGCCUGUGGGCGGCCGCGCCAUGGCACAAAACGGUGUGCGCAACCAUAUCGGUGGCCCUCGCGCCGAGCAUCUCUCCUCUGCCGCUGGCUACAUCCCGCAAAGUCUCGAGCCAGGCUCCGGUGUCGGACUUGGUGCUGCCGCUGCCGGUGGCUACGCCGCACAUGAGUACUUUGGCCAAGAGAACAACUCGAACGGUUCGCACUACUCGUACCCCUACCUGAACGGUGUGCAGCGCACCAGCCCCGAUGCGUACACCAACCAAGGCCUUGACUAUGACGCACCCACUUCUGCGUCGAGUUCUGUUGCUACUCACAGAGACGGCGAUUCGGAGUACGCUGCAGACGAGACCACACGCCAUGACGACGGGUUUGCCCCGAUUCCCAAAAACGGCAUGGCGAGUGCGCCUUCCUUCCGUUUCCCGGAGAUGCGCGCAGAGUCUCCGGACCCGAAAUCGUACCCCAUGCCCACGCGUGCACUUGGCUCAAUGAACUCGGACCGCUCCAUGCUCCGAGUCACAAACUGA